AAUCCGAUGCGCGACAGAAGCCCUCGCUGUCACACGAAAUGGAAUCAUAGACGGUAUGAAUGUAUUGAUAACUCGCUCGCGGGUGUAAAUCCGGUGUUUGCUUUUGUUUAUAUUGAUCUGGACGUGAGGCACUUCUAUUUGUUCGCUCUGUUUGGGAGACAACUGCUCGACAAUUAUUGUCUUACCUUUGGAAUUCCUGGCGAUUUUGAGGAGGCGCAGUCCGCCAGAAAUUACGCACCGGACAACAUGAUUUUGAAACAUUUGGAUUUUCUCUUGGUUCUACGAUACUUUAUUCAUUUGGUCGCACUAGAGGUUGCAGCUGAGAAAGCUCUCCCUGAGCCGCUCAACCUGUCAUUGACGUGGGAGUCUGAAUUCCGUAUAAAGCUGUCGUGGAACGCACCAACUGAUUUAGAUGCAUCAUGCAAGGUGAACUACAUGAUCACUACAACGAUCGGUGAGGAGAAGCCCAUAUUAAUGUCAACUUUCAGCUUGUAUAAAGAGUACAAUGUCACUACGAAUGAUGCAGUGAAUUACACAGUGAAAACAAACCCCAAACACUGUACAGGCAGAAGCAUAAGCAAACCUGUCAGCAUCUCUAAACCUAAACCCACAGAGUUGGUGAAGAACUUCCAGUGUUCCCUCUACUCCUCUAAGGCCAUGAACUGCAGCUGGCUCCCAGCCAAUCAGGCCUCAGACCUCCAGCUCUACUAUGGGUACCUUGGUCCCUCCCACAUAGCAGCAUGCAGUGAGUACCAGUACAGAGAUGGUCAGAGGACAGGAUGUCACCUGAGAGGAUCCUUCCUUCAAUAUGACGUCUACUUCAAGGUCAAUGGGACUCUCGAUGGCUUAUCUGUACAGAAUAACUUCCUGGUGCUUCCUAGAAAUCAUGUCAAGGCCCCGGCCCCUAAGGUGAAGAUAACAGAGACAGGAAGGAAUCUCAUCCUGAGCUGGGACCCUCCGGACAUAGGCGCUGUCCACUGCUGGAAGUACAUCUUUAACUACAGCAAGUGUCAACUGCUCGUGGAUAGUAAAGAAAUACAAUUGAAACAUGUGAUGGUUUCAUAUGACGAGACAUGCCAGUACAGAGUCAAGCUUAAAGCAGUCUAUACGAAAUGGUGUGGGGAGGGAGGCAGCGACUGGAGCGAAGAGGAAAUCUAUGGUGUGGAUGAUUGGUCGAUGACUGUGUUUGCUGUCGUCAUUCCAGCUGUAGUCUUCUUAUUCCUCAUCCUUUUAAUUUGUUGUUUUAUGAAGCACAGAGAGAAGGUUUUCCCCACGAUUCCACAUCCCUCACUGGUUUUCAAGGACAUGCUGAACAGCAAUAAGGGACUGAAGAGCUCCAUAGGCAAUCUCUAUGUCCCGGAUGAGGAGGAGGUGGAAUGUAAGAUCAGCCUAGAGAAAGACUAUACUCUUCCCAUGAUGCAGCCUGAUCACUGAGAGACUACACACUGACCCAGUAGUGAUUACUACUGUACAGACAGAUACAGCAACAACCUGACCCGGUAUGAUCUGGGAGCCAAGUGACUUCAGUGUCAUUGACCGGCCCUCAAAGUAAGCUAUCUUAAGGUGGACCCUAACUGUACUGCUGAAGAGUGUCAGGAGUUGGAGCUCCACAGUCAAUGGACGACCUUAACGAGUUGGAUACAGACUGAAAGUAUGUGGACUAUGGACUAUGGAGACGCCUUUUCUUUUGUUUGUCCUGGAACUGUCAGGACUUAUCGACUCACUGACUCCUGUAUUGUUCUGGAUUGUGUGCGUGCGUGCGUGUGUGUGUGUGUGUGUGUGUGUGUGUGUGUGUGUGUGUGUGUGUGUGUGUGUGUGUGUGUGUGUGUGUGUGUGUGUGUGUGUGUGUGUGUGUGUGUGUGUGUGUGUGUGUGUGUGUGUGUGUGUGUGCGUGGGUGCCUGCGUGUGUUGGCAGAUACUAAGAACUGUUCUCAUGUACCCUUUGCAACCCAAGGCUUGGGGUCUUAGGUCAAAUGUCAGAGGUUAUCAGAAAGCCAGUGCAGGAAACGAGGAGGGGCUGGACUCCUAAACCGCACUCCCCGACCAAAUAGGACAUUGGUGGCAGUGCCUGAAGAGAUGCGCAGGCAGCACCACAGUCUUUAUCUGACUGAUCAACCCGGUUGAUCAUGUAAUUAUUUGGGGACAAAGAGGUACUUGAAGCUGUGAACCUCUGUGAAAUGAGUGCACUACCUGUGCCAUAAAAGGCCAGACCUCUGGGCAGGGACUUUAGGACAUUGACAUACAGGAAGAUGUGUCCCAAAUCGCUCCCUAUUCACUACAUGUAUAGUGUGUUAUUUUUGUCCAGGGCCCAUAGGGCUCUGGUCAAAAGUAGUGCACUAUGUAGGGAACAGAGUGCCAUUUGGGAUGCAGUAUGCCUAUCAAGGGCUAUAUGCUGCUAAUGUGAGCUAGAUUGUUGUGACUCUAUUGUUAUCAACCUGCAUUGCUAUGUGUAAAUAGGUUGUGCAGGUGUAUCUAUAGUAUGUACAAAUGUUGGUGAAAUAUAUAUUUAGAGUUUUGUGUGUUAAGGAAAUGUUUUGUGCAACACGUAUUUUUAUUUAUUUGUUUUUUUUAAUUUCACAUGCUGUCUUAUGGAACGUUAUUCUUCUGCAUUAAUGACUAAUUGAUAUCACCACACACACUCACUCAUUGAGUAUCGUUCACAUCACACCUCCAUCCAUGCAGAGACUCUUCCUUGGUAAGAUUGCCAUGUCCUUUUUAACAACCCGGAAGGAGAAACGUACUUUGUAGAGGACCUGCUGAACAGCUUAAACCUGUUAUCUGGUCUGUUCCGAACUAGAGAUAAGUGUAACAUGCUCACAGACGAACCAAUGGGCAUGUCAAGCAAGGCCUUGUGUACCUGCUAUGAGAAUCAAUCCAGAGUGUAGGUGUUGAGAGAAUAAAUCCAUCAACAAAUAACUGAG